CUGCCGCACCAGGCUCCCAGCAGAGGCGUGGUCCUUGCUUCCCUCACUGUGGCCAGCGGCAGCCUCCCAGCUCUGGCAGAGAAGGAGUUAACUUCCAGGCUUCUCAGCGUGAAUGUGGAGCUAUUAAUACCCACAGCCCAGCCAUCUAGAGCCACCACAGAGCUGAGCCCCAGAGCUGUGGAGAGGGAGCAGGGAGCAGAGCGGCCUCCAGUUUGGCCAACCGGCACCUGACUCCAAGGGUCAGAACUUUUCCUGGAGACAGCUGUGCCAGCCUCACCUGACCCUCACCAACCCUCCAGCUUUAAGUGUUGUCACUCGGCUCUCCUGGAGGCCACUGUACCACUCACUCCAGCAGAGGAGCACAAACUUUGUCACUCACCUCUGUGCCUGCUGGUCAACUGGGAAGAACAAACAGCUGGACAGACACACAGACAGAAGAGUCCUCUGUGGGCCUGUCCUCACAGUUCUGCCUUUAGCAGACAUCAGCAGCAGAGUGGACCGCUGAGGUGCUGAGGGCUCCUCCAGAGGCAACGAUAGGACCUCUGUCUACUACCGGUCACCUCUUGAAUCCAGGCAGCCGCUUGCUGCUGCUCAAGUGCGGAUCCUGUGGUUGGGACUCCUGUGUCUCAAGACCGGAGCUCCAAGAGAGCCACGGGCUCUUCCACCUACCGAGGCGACGGGUAACCUGAGGGAGAAGGCGCAGGUGGCAGGUAGGCAGGCCCGGGGUCCUGAGGCCGACAGGCUGCUGACCCUGGAGCGCACUGGCUCAGAGAACCGUGCCCUGGCUGGGGAUGCUGCUGCGGAGACCACCAACGGUCCCCCCUGCCCCGUCCUGCAUCUGCCUCCAGCCUGGCCCCUGGGCUGUGGAGCUGACGAUGUGCCAGCUUUCUGCUUGGUCUGCUUCCACAGAGAGGAGGAGGAACUGGAAGAGGUUCCACUGCAGAGGGAGAAGAUGAGCAUGGGCUGCCCAGAGCCCGAACCGCUCCACCCCCUGCCUUGCUGUGGGCCGGGGGCCGCCCCUGUACCAGGAGCAGGUGUGCCCCUCCUCACAGAGGACAUGCAGGCGUUGACUCUGCGCACGCUGGCUGCCAGCGACGUUACCAAGCACUACGAGCUUGUCCGGGAGCUGGGCAAAGGGACCUAUGGGAAGGUGGACCUGGUGGCUUACAAGGGCACAGGCGCCAAAAUGGCCCUGAAAUUUGUGAAUAAGAGCAAGACAAAGCUGAAGAAUUUCCUGCGUGAGGUGAGCAUCACCAACAGCCUGUCAUCCAGCCCCUUCAUCAUCAAGGUCUUUGAUGUGGUCUUCGAGACUGAGGAAUGCUAUGUCUUUGCCCAGGAGUACGCACCUGCUGGGGACCUGUUUGACAUCAUCCCUCCCCAGGUGGGGCUCCCCGAGGACACGGUGAAGCGCUGUGUGCAGCAGCUGGGGCUGGCUCUGGACUUCAUGCACAGCAGGCAGCUGGUGCACCGUGACAUCAAGCCUGAGAACGUGCUGCUGUUUGACCGAGAGUGCCGCCGCGUGAAGCUGGCCGACUUCGGCAUGACGCGGCGCGUGGGCUGCCGUGUGAAGCGUGUGAGCGGUACUAUACCCUACACCGCGCCCGAGGUGUGCCAGGCGGGCCGUGCCGAUGGCUUCGCGGUGGACACGGGCGUGGAUGUGUGGGCUUUCGGCGUGCUUAUCUUCUGUGUGCUCACCGGCAACUUCCCGUGGGAGGCUGCGUCGGGCGCCGAUGCCUUCUUCGAGGAGUUCGUGCGCUGGCAGCGGGGCCGCCUGCCGGGGCUGCCAUCGCAGUGGCGCCGCUUCACCGAGCCCGCGCUGCGCAUGUUCCAGCGGCUGCUAGCUCUGGAGCCCGAGCGGCGCGGGCCGGCCAAGGAGGUCUUCCGCUUCCUCAAGCACGAGCUCACGUCCGAGCUUCGGCGGCGGCCAUCGCACCGCGCACGCAAGCCGCCCGGGGACCGCCUGCCCGGGCCCCUGCGCCUCGAGGCUCCUGCACCGCUCAAGCGCACCGUGCUCACCGAGAGUGGCAGCGGCUCGCGGUCUUCGCCACCCAGCGUGGUGCCCGUGCCGGUGCCCGUGCCCGUGCCCGUGCCCGAGGCUGGUCUGGCUCCGCCCGCACCCCCGGGCAGGACCGACGGCCGUGCAGACAAGAGCAAAGGGCAGGUGGUGCUGGCCACGGCCAUCGAGAUCUGCGUCUGAGCUGCGGAGAGCAGCACAGCCGCUGCGGGAAGCCGCGUGUGCUCCGGCCUCGUGCUGGGGCCAAGGAGCAGCCACUGCGCGGCGGCGGCGGGAGGGCGUAGCGUAGACUAGGAGGCCCAGACACCCGGGUCGGUGGUGGGCUGGUGACAUAGCUAGCAGAUGACCAUGUGUGUGGCCGGCCUCAGCCCAGAGGAGCCGAGGCCCCCGACAAAGGCUGGGAGCUUGUGGGCCAGACUGAGCUCUGGAACCUGGACACUCCUGGAGCUUCACACCCCCUUGGCAGAUCACCCUACAAUCUUCCAUUCAAACCUGGGCACAGAAAGGGGGGGCUUUGGUGUUGGGCAGAGGUGGGCAUUGAGACCCUUAGAAACUGGGCACUGGGUUGACAACAGAGGUGCCCGGGAGGCCAGAGGGAGAGGCCAAGCCCCCUAAAUGUAGCCAAAGUUGUGUGCAGGAACAGACCUGAAUAUUAGCGAUACCCCCUCACCUCCUCCUGCUGAUGGGGACUUGGAACCCAAAAGGGAGAGCCAUUACUACAGCCACGGAGGCCAUUGGGAACAGAGCUCCAGUAGGUGGUCCUCCUGGGGGUAGGGGAACAGAUGGCAGGAGAACGGGAGGCUUGGCGCUCCUGUGUCCCUAGGGCGAGGGAGUGCGUUCAGAGCCCAGCUGCUCCUUCCCUGGGCACUCGACAAGCAGGGAAACGAUUGUGCCAGUUCUUCCUGGGUCUCUGUCAGAGUCACAUGCAUAAGCCUCAGCUGUAGGCCAGUACCCUCGUAGGGGAGGAGCACGUCCAUGGAUGGGAUAGGAAGUCGCGGAAGUGAGAGUGAGUGUGAUGUGUGUCUGGUGACUUGAGUGUCCAGACACCUCACCAGGCAGCUGUCAAGAGCCUGGCCUGUGUUUUACCACACUCCUCAGGGAAUCCCAGGAGACACCUGCUGUUGGCUCGGGUUCUUAGGCAGGAAAACAACUUCACCUUGCCCCGGCUCUCCCUUGGGACCCCUACCCAACAGGAGGCUGAAGGAACCCCUGCAAUAACCUCAACACAGGGAGGCUGCGCCUUCUGCCUGGCACUACCCAACCGACCAGCCUGGGUUGCCUCUCCUAGGGUCCCUCCAAAAGUUCUGGGCCAUUCUAGGAGGCUGGCUGGUUAGCUACAAGGGGCACGAACCACCCCUCAGCCUGGAGCCCCCACCUCUCUACGCACCCCCUCACUCCCACCACAAAGGGCUAUCGGUCUCCCUGCCCUGCCUGAGUCCAGUUUACAAACUGUGGUUGCUCCAGGGCCUGGUCCCUCUCUCCUGGGGUGCCACCACUUCCCUAGUGGACACAGGGCCCGCAUAUGCCAGGUAAGUAGCAAACCCUUCCUCCUGCCAAGAGCCGAGUCUCAGAAGGCCCCCAUCACUGCCCUGGCCCACCGGGGGGCCAUCAGGCCCUCCUUCCCAGCCUCUACUUCUCCUCUUGCCUUAGGCCUCUCCACCCUGAUCUGCAAUAACAAGCGAGAUUCCACAGUAGACAUCCCGCCUCCCGCGUGCGCCCUCUCUCUGUUGAGGUCCUGUGUGGGAGGCCUCUCCCUUGUAGUAUCUAGGAUGGUAGUCCUCAGAAGAGACUUGUAGGUACGUAGUCCAGCCCCAUUGUUGAGAGGCGGCAGCCAGCCUGGCCCUGAACCAGACUCAGGCUGGGUCAGGCUCUGCCCUUGCUGCCGUCCUUGAUACUGUCUCUGUCGGUUGGGUUGGGACCCUUUGCCCCUUAGGAGAGGUGUUGGUUACAGAUGUUUACCUCAGUUUGUCACUGUUGAAGAAACAAAUAAUAGCAAAAAAUAAUAACAUCGUAGACAUGGAGACUUAGAAGACAAAAAACCACAGAAGAAACCUCCCCCUUUGCAAUUUUCCUGUGAAGGUAUAGUUUGUUCAUGUGCGCACACGUAUGUGCGUGUCUCUGUCUCACCCCAGGGCAGGCCAGAUCAUCUCAACACCUGUCCCAGCCUGUGUGUCCCUCACACUGCCCCUGUCCUUUGGUGCUUCCCAGGGGCCCCUUUGAGCUGGCUUGUGGGGUGUAGGGGGGCUCCCUGGAUAGGAAGUGGGGCCUUCAAUUAGCUAGAGGUCCCCCACCAGGUCCUGUGAACAGAGCCCAAUGGCUGUGUGACGCUCCCUGAGCUCACAGCACAGUGCUGGUGGUUGGCGUCUGUCCAAGUCUGGGCCAGGGCCUGGGUUGAACCCAAGCCCUAGAGCCUCACUCCUGUCUUGCCCCCCCCCCCCCCCCGUGUUUGUAAAUACUCUGGCAUCCUUUGGCCCUGAGGAGGUUUUUAAAUGUGUUAUUUACUUCUCUAACUAUGACAAUUGCUAUAAAAUAAAAAUUUAGAAAAAC